GAAGGCGCUCGAGAUUCCGUUACUCACACCAACCGAAAACCGUUCAAAACUCUCUGCCAGCGUGGCAGAGAGAGAGAGAAACUAGAGCGAGAGAGCCACCACCUUCUCCUCCGUCGCCGUCGCCGCCUCUUCUUUCCGGCGAGAUUCUUCCUAUUCGCAUUUCACGAUGGUGGAUCCUUGCAUGCUCGGUUGGAUCCUCUUCUCCGCUCUGAGCCUCUUCGCGCUGUACAGCGUGGUCUUCGCCGGGAACAGCCGUGGCUCCUCGCAGGGGAAGGCGGCUCCGCGUUCGGAGAACGUGACGACCGCCGCUGGAGAAUGCGGAUCGGAGAAACUUGACGGAGAUGCCGAUGUCAUCAUUGUUGGAGCUGGUGUUGCUGGCUCCGCCCUGGCUCACACUCUCGGCAAGGAUGGACGUCGAGUGCAUGUUAUCGAAAGAGAUCUGAGCGAGCCUGACCGAAUUGUUGGGGAGUUGCUACAACCUGGGGGCUAUCUCAAAUUAAUAGAACUGGGACUUGAAGAUUGUGUGGAGCAAAUUGAUGCUCAACGAGUGUUUGGUUAUGCUCUUUUCAAUGAUGGGAAGCAUACUCGUCUCUCUUAUCCCUUGGAGAAGUUUCACUCAGAUGUUUCUGGCAGAAGCUUUCACAAUGGCCGUUUUAUUCAGAGGAUGCGAGAGAAGGCUGCAUCCCUUCCCAACGUACAAUUGGAGCAAGGAACGGUCACUUCCUUACUUGAAGAGAAGGGAACAAUAAAAGGUGUGCAGUACAAGAACAAAGAUGGUCAGGAAUUGACUGCAUAUGCUCCCCUUACCAUUGUUUGUGAUGGCUGUUUCUCAAACCUGCGUCGUUCUCUGUGUAACCCUAAGGUUGAUAUUCCAUCUUGUUUUGUUGGCUUAGUUUUAGAGAACUGUGAACUUCCAUGUGCAAAUCAUGGCCAUGUCAUACUGGGAGAUCCUUCGCCAGUUCUCUUCUAUCCUAUAAGUAGCACAGAGAUUCGCUGUCUGGUUGAUGUACCAGGUCAGAAGGUUCCUUCUAUUUCAAACGGUGAAAUGGCAAAGUAUUUAAAGACAGUGGUGGCUCCACAGAUUCCUCCUCAGCUUUAUGAUUCCUUCAUAGCUGCGGUGGACAAAGGAAACAUAAGGACAAUGCCAAACAGAAGCAUGCCAGCAGAUCCUCAUCCUACACCUGGAGCCCUUCUGAUGGGAGAUGCAUUCAACAUGCGGCAUCCACUAACAGGGGGCGGAAUGACUGUUGCAUUGUCUGAUAUUGUGGUACUGAGAAAUCUUCUCAGGCCUUUGCGUGACAUGAAUGAUGCACCCACACUUUGCAAAUACCUUGAAUCCUUUUAUACCUUGCGCAAGCCUGUCGCAUCAACCAUAAACACACUGGCAGGAGCUCUUUACAAGGUUUUCUGUGCAUCCCCUGAUCAAGCAAGGAAGGAAAUGCGCCAAGCUUGCUUUGAUUAUCUGAGCCUUGGAGGCCUAUUCUCGCAAGGACCAGUCUCUUUACUUUCAGGAUUAAACCCUCGUCCGUUGAGCUUGGUUCUCCAUUUCUUUGCUGUUGCUGUAUUUGGUGUCGGCCGUUUACUAUUACCAUUUCCUUCACCUAAGCGGAUAUGGAUUGGAGCCCGGUUACUCACUGGUGCUUCUGGAAUAAUCUUGCCCAUAAUAAAGGCUGAAGGGAUUCGUCAGAUGUUUUUUCCUGCCACUGUUCCAGCUUAUUACAGAACCCCCCCUGUUGCAGAACAGUGAGUAUCAUCGAAUACAUUUUGAAAUGUUAAUGUGCUCUCAAGAUGUGCUAGCUUUAUUCUCAAUUCUGUGGAAUUGGAGAUAAGGUUGGUGUUCAUAGAUCUGCAAACAUUUUGGCCUUUUUUUAGUGUGUAUUCUUUGUAGUCUCUGUAACAGGCACAAUAUUAUAAGUGAAUGUAUGAUUUCUUUUUUUA